GUUGACGAAAUGUAUCUCAUUCCGAUUACACUUAUAAUUUUUUGCAAUUAUAUACUUUUCACAGCAACUUGUUUUAUAUAUGCAACCAUCUCACUGGAGGGUAAAAAAACAAUAAAUAAUUCAUAUCUGUUAAUAAACUUCGGUCCAGAAUGUAUUCAAAAACCAGAUUGGGUUGAUGUUUUAAGCGAAGAUCCAUUUGUGACAAAAAAUAUGCCAAUAAUGCAUAUAACUGAUAUACAAAAUAAUACAAGCUUUGUGAAAGGUCCAGUAUUGGGUAAACUGCUGUUUCCACCUGGUUGGAAUAAAUAUGACAAUGUUGCGCCUAAAAUGUAUUCAAAGGGAUUUUGCUUACCGUACUACAUAGCAAGUUAUGCUGGCAACGAAUUGCAUACAGUCAACUGUCUGAGAAUAGAACCUAAUUGGAUGUCAAGAGUUCCAGGUAUUGCCGAAUUACCGUUGAAAGAUUUAUUUAUACCAGGUACUCACGCUUCUGGUGCCUAUCUGCAAAAUCCAAUCAAUGAUAUAAAACUACCAGUGACCGAUUACAUAAUCACCCAAUAUUUUGAUGUGUGGUCUCAGUUACUGUUUGGUAUACGGUAUUUGGAUUUAAGCAUAGGGUAUAAAGUGCUUGAAAAAACAAAUUCAUCAAUAUCUGAAGAGUUUUGGAUAGUGAAUGAGAAUAUGUAUGUUCGUCCUUUAAGAGAUGUAUUAAACGAUGUGAGGAAAUUUGUCAAACUAUCUGGAGAAGUUGUAAUACUGGAUUUUAGUUCCUUUCCAAUUGGUUUCUUUGGUUAUAAUCAACGCCAUAUAAAGUUACUAGAAAUGAUAUCGAACGAAAUCGGUGACAUUAUCUAUAAUAGGGAAGAUGUCAAUAUUCCUUGCUAUAAUUUAACUAUAAAUGACAUCAAAAAAACUAAGAAAUACUUAUUAGUUAUUUAUCCAUUAGAGGAACUUCCACAUCCAGAAAAUGAGAUAAACAUGUAUUGUCCAUCUUGGAAACGUUUUUCUAUUGGAUUUAUGAACAAUUCCCAAGCAUUAGAUUAUAUGCGUUUCUUAUUCAGCAAGAAGAAAGAUUCGCCGAUACAAAAUGAGGGUUGGAUAUUUCAAGGAGUUACAAGCAUGGAGCAAUCGCUAAAUACUGAUGUAUUGCAAACACCUAAAGAACGUGCCAAAACUUUAAAUACCGAUAUAACAAAUUGGUUAAGUGGACCUUGGGGCUUAAAUGCAAAUAUUGUUACAAUGGACUAUGUUAGUUAUACAAAUCUAAUACACAUCGCUAUAUAUGCCAAUAUUCAACGUGCAUACAUGGUUCAGUAUAAGGAUUAUGUGCAACUGGUAAUGGAUGAUAGAAAUGUUACCGAAAAAUUUUAAUUAUAUUUUUAUAGUAUAAUAAAAACAAUAAAAAUAUACGUAUU